CCAGAAACACAAGCCAAAAAAAAAAAGAGGGCCUCCCAGCGACUAGCCCUAGCCUUCCCGUCGCGCCGACGUACGGUGGCCGACGCCCGAUGGCAGCAGCGGCGAGCGGAGGCUGGGCGAGCCGUGCGGCGUCGUGCUCGUCGUGAAGGUGCUCUCCCGGCGGCUAGCUCAGUCUCCGGCCACGCCCUUAUAUCUACCGCCUCCCCACCCAUCAGCACCCCUACGGUUAUCCCGAACCACCUGAAGCUCCACGGGGGACCUCGUCCUCCCUCUCGUGAAGAUCCGGCGGCGGCUAAGAUCCUCACGCCCGGACCAGAUCGCCGCCCUGCUCGUCAUUUCCAGCCAGAAUAGCUCUUCUCCAACCUGCUCCACAUCCGCAUGCUGCCACAAGGUGACUAGCGAAGAACUGAUUCCAGACAAAUGCAAGUAUGAGCACUCAAGCUCUAGUGAGAACCACCUGUUCUUGAUUGUUGGCGCAGCUCAGAGCUUGUUCCUUGUGGGGCACAGCAUGAAGGGCGUUGGAAAUCAGAUCAGAUGUCAACCAAAGUGGAGAAAAGUAGCAUAUGGGGGAAGGCAGCCAGGCUAUGAUGAUAACCAUACCGAUGGCUCCUUUCUUGAGGAAAUGGUUAUGAAUGCCAAUGUUGUUAAGAGGGACUUUCUGAAAGUGAUGAUCGACUCAGUAUCCAUAUCCCAGUAUCUCUGCAUUGUCGCUCUUGUGGUUUCAACAUGGACCCAUACAUUAAAUUUGGCCAUUGAUGAGAUCACUCUUUUGAAAUUUGAUAUUGGUCUUCUGCUUGUUGGGUUUUCGGUUCUGUUGCUCACAACUAGUCCAUUCUCACUGAAGCUACUCUGGAAAUAUGUUCUCAACAUAUCAUUCUUCACCAGUGGCCUUUAUGUUUUAGCACCAAUUUGCCAUACCCUCACUAGGUCCAUCUGUUCAGACUCAAUCUGGGCACUUAUUGUAUUUCUUCUGUUAGUUCAUCUCUUUUUGCAUGACUAUUCUGGUUCAACUAUAAGACCUCCAGGUGCACUCAACAAUCCAAAGUUGACCAGCAAUAUCUCCUUGAACGCAUCAAUAGUAGCAUCUGUCCUUGUCGCUUCACGUCUGCCAUCUUGGCUACAUGUAUUUGUAAUCAUGCUCUUCUCCUUGCAGGUCUUCCUGUUUGCACCACUAGUUACAUUUUGUAUCAAGAAGUACUCCUGUAGACUUCAUUUGCUAUUCUCCUUUGCUCUUAUGGUCAUGGCCCUGAGUGUCACAUACCAGCUGCAUCGGAUGCUCUUCAUUUUGCUGCUGGCACUUCUUAUUUUUAUCUCACUUGUUUGCCCAUACUGGCUUAUAAGGAUUCAGGAAUACAAGUUUGAGAUCAAUGGCCCCUGGGAUGAAGCGAAACUCUGCUUUGAUAUAACUGAAUAGCAGCACCAGGCCUAAUUCAGAAACCACAUGUGCAGAAAAUUGUAUUCAUCGCACUUAUGCCUGAUGUAUUGCUGGUCCUUUUUUGUAAGUUCCCAUGUGUAUGUACAUACUCUUGACAUAGUUGUAUUGUUACUGUGGCUCUAAAUACCUGACAUACCUUGUGUUCUGUACUCUAAUGAUGUGUUUUCUCAAGGCACUGAGGUUGAAACUUCUAAGCUGAAGUAAAUUGUAUAGCACGUCUUGUAUAAUCUUUGAUCA